GCAAUUACGAAGAGAGCCGAGGGAACUACCUGGUAGACGUGGAUGGCAAUCGCAUGCUGGAUCUCUACUCUCAGAUUUCAUCCAUCCCAAUAGGUAGGAAACAGCUGUACCAAAAGCUUGGCUUUGUCCUUAGGCUUUUGUUCUCUCAGCUGCUACCAAACAAGUUGGUUAAUUAACAGCGACCCAACAAAAGGCUGACGUGAUGAAUGCCUCGUUGUACUCAGGGUACCACACGGCUGUGUGUUGUGCGGCGGUGCUUUUGUACAGCUGGGGAAAUGGGGAUAAAAAUGCAGUCCUUGUGGCUCGUUUGGAGCACAGGGCGGUAUGUGGAAGAAGCUCUAAUCUUAAUUUGUAUGUGCCAUUCCAUGGUUUAGGCUUUGUCUGCUUGGAUUUGGGUACCUUGUGAUUCUGUAAUGGUAUGUUACGUUUUUAAACACUGAUAUAACAAAUCUAACUUAAAGACAUUAACAUUAAAGCAUGUUCUGCACUUGAGCUAACCUUUCUUUCCUGAGAGAGCUGAAAAGAGGAGUGGGCCACAUGGACUCCAGUGGGAUGGAACAAAACCAGUCACUGAGCCUGGGAUGCUGAGUUAAAGCAAAGCAGGUAGUUUGCAGCCCCAGCUGAAGGGGUACAGCAUCAGCAGCUGUUCAGUCGGCUUGUUGCUGCUCUGUGCUUCCUCUCAGUUGCUUAAAAAUCUAUUUCUGCAGAAGCAAAAAGUGCAAAACUGCUGUGGUCAUUUACAAAGCAGAUGUUAUGCUGUGUAUAGGAACAGCAAUGACUCCAAAUCAUCCUUGCAGGCCUCCCUGCUGGGAAACAGUAUUUAGUGAUGUUCAGGUCAUUAGCACAUUUUUGACAUUAGACCUUGAAACUGCAACAUGUUUUCAAUUAUUCCAAUCUUCUCUGCUUUCAUGUAGCACCCUCAUGUAGCAAGAAAUGUGCAAUCAUUCCAGAACUCUUAAAUGUUCAAAGCUUAUUUUCAUCAACACAGUUUCUAGGUGUUUUUCUCCAUUAGAGACUGCACUGAAAUAAUUUUGUCAGUGCUAAUGUGGAAACAGGGAUGAGAUGAAGAAGCACUGUUUGUAUGGCAGUUCUCAUCUAACUGAAAUGGAAUUGGAUUUUAGGUGGCGAGGAAAGGAACUGCCUUUGUUGUUCCAGACCUUCCAUUAUUCAAACAAGAAGUGCUAUUUUGGAGAAACUUUGUGUUAUACAUCCGUACAAUGGCUUGCAAGUAUCAUUGAGUGCAGCAGGCAGGUCUGCUGAAGAAGCUGACUUGUUACGGGUGGUAUCCAGAGCCAGUAGCUUGAAGUCUUUCAGUUGCCCAGUCUCUGUUUAGUUCAGUAAAACUCCUAGAGUAUCAGGAACAUUGGCAUUAGCACACAGAGAGGACGAAUGAGCGAGGCAGACAUAAAACCCCCGGACCCCUCACUUCUUAACAGUGAAAAAUAUUAGGGGGUUGUUUGCAAGGAAAAAGAUCCUCCUAAAAGGUUAGAAACUGGGUCAGCUGUGCUCAUCUUCCUGCAGCCAGGAGAGGGAAGAAAAGUUCUCCUAACUGGCAGAACUUCUUAGAAAGCACGUUCCACUAUUUAUCGAUCAAUAGCUAAUUAUUCAGCUUAUUAUUUAUGUAUUUAUUAAUAGCUGAGCAACUUCAGUGUUUAAGCAUUCUAAGCAUGCCUCAUAGCCUUCUGUGACACUUUCAGCAUAACAGUGAGGUAACACAGCUGAUGUUUUGUGUGCAUUUUGGCCUUUGUGCAUUUGGCCUUUCUCGUUUCUUCUUCAGCUUCCAUUGACUACCAUCCUCAUGCCAAUGGACUUGCAUUUGCAGGCAGCUGGGCCAGCAUCUCCCGUGGGCUUUUGGACAUACAUGUAUGACUUUUCUGGGAACACCCCCACUGUUAUUUUGGCUCUGGUUGGGGCCAUGAAGUGAUUUAUCUGAACAUUUCUGUUAGCUCCUUGUAGCUUUUUAAUGAUGGAAAAUGUGUGUAAAAGGAGGUCGGUGGAAGGAGCUAUAGCCAGCUGUUCCCAACAGCCUUUGUUGGAAGAAGGAAUGGGAGUUCGUCAUCCAUUCAUGCAGUCUUUGAUGCAUUCAUUCUAAUGUCCUGUCACAUAUUAAGGCAUGGGACAGCAGUGAGUUUCAUAGUUUGAAAGGAGUAGAAAAUUAAGUGAACAAAAUUCAUGUCUACAAAACAGUUUUUCCAGUCUACUUGUCUAGUUGAGUGUGGAUUUCUUCUCCUGAAAUCCCGUUGAUUUAAAGCAGGAUUUUGACUGGUCUCUUCUAGUUCAUUUUCUUCUCUCCUAAUGAUUGCUGAGCUUUUAUCAAAGCCAGUAUUCGAGAACUAAAAUGGAAUGUGUGGUGGGAAAACUGCUUGAAGUGCAUUGAGAAUGCUGACAGGUAGAGAGGGAAAUUCAGUGUGCCAUGUGAGAGCUACAGUGCAGCACUUCGUAUGGCAUCUCACCCUGCAUCUGUGAUGUGCAGCAACAAGCAAAUGGGAAUGUCAUACAGGCUGACUUAAACCUGACUGAACGCACAGUAUUAGUUUUUUCUAAGUUGAACUGAACGACGGGGCAGACAAAGUGAAGCUGCAGAGGUCGCUAACAGUGUCCCUCUUGGUGAGAGAUAAGUCCUAACUCGGACACCAGAAGGAAGUCCUGGUGAGGAUUGUGGGUGAGCUGCCGUUCUCAGAUCAGGGUGCUCAUAGUCACUGGUGCUUAUCUCUGCAUGUACACUCAAUAGGAUCCUUUAUGAAUCAGUCACAGCUCCCCGAGAUUCAAUAACGAUCUGCUGCAGCAGGAGGUACUUAUCAGCAGCAGGUGAGAGGUAAUAAGCGCCUGUGCAGAGAGAUAAGAAGUAUAAGAAAUCUGCAGGCAGAGAUGUUUUGGACUGUUUCUGUCUUAAAACUCUUUUGUUUAUUUCAAACCACACAGUUUUCAGAAGAUUGUAACACAUGUUCCUUUAAACCUGUGUCUGAUGUGUGUAAUAGUUAGAAAUCCCUGGAGCCAAAUGCCAGGAGGGAUCCUAUUGACAUGUUUACUUGCACGUCUCCUGCAAUACCAAUGAAGUAAUCUGCUUUUUAUUGAUGUUGAGGCCUGUUCUUGUUCUUGGAGAUUCACAGAGGUGCAGUUUGGUGUUGCUGGCAGCAGCCUGGGCUUCAUUUCUUAGGGCUUUCUCCAUCUCUUUCUUUGAGCAGUUUUUAUCCCAUUGCAAACAGGCACAUUCGUGAGCCUGGAGGACGUGUUCUUUUCUGCCGUGCUGAUGGAGACAGGCGGAGUGAUGGAGCAGGUGCCCUUCUCUUAGAGCCAGCUCUGUCACUGCUGAUAGGAAAGUGCUGGAGAGCGGAUUCAUAAAGCUAUAAACCAUUGUGCUGCCCUUGGCAAUGAAACAAGCUCCUGUCUGCCGUCUUAGCCCAGGAGCUGUCUGACUUUGUCUGCAAUAGUUACAUAAUAAUUACUUAACCAUCCUGGUCUUUCCAGUGUUAGAUUUAUUAACAUAAACCACACAGCAGUUCAGGGCCUUUCUUACUUGUUCCUGCUCCUUCAGAAAGGCAGGGCUUAAGGAUUCUUUCUUACUGUGCCUUGGCAAGGAUGCGCCGAUGGACAGGGAAUGCUGGAGGAGGCAGACAAAGCUGCAGGGCACAAAGUGAAGGGAAAGGAAGGCGUCAUGUUGUGGGGAUGGAAGGAGAUGGGUCAUGGGUAACGGAAGCCUUGGAUUUGUGUUACAUAACAAAAGAUACAAAGGUCUUUGCAUUCUUCAUGCUAACUUAGCAUCAGCAACAGAACUGCACGUUUUUACAAGCAAUAGAGAGUUAAUGGUUAAGCUUCCUAGGCACUGCUGGUUGUUUUAUAACAGGGCUGAUUUGAGAUGUCCUGAGCUGUGCUCUCCAAGGUGCCCAGGGCUGCAGCCACAGCUUCAGCUCAGUGCCACAGCCCUCAGCAGUGUCCAUCUCUCCGGUGGAACCACAGUUCUUCCCGUGGCAGCUGAUGCAAUGCAGGGUUACAGCCAUCCAUCUCUGAUAAAGCUUCUCCAGCAGCCACAGAACCUGAGCACUUUUAUCAACAGACCUGCCCUAGGGAUUUUGCCUCCAGAGAACUUUUCAGAAAGACUGAAGGAAUCUUUGCUAUCAGUGGCUCCCAAGGGUCUGCCACAGGUGAUGACCAUGGCUUGUGGAUCCUGCUCGAAUGAAAAUGCAUUUAAAUUAAUAUUUAUGUGGUACAGAAACAAGGAGAGGGGCCGUAAUAAUGUCACAAAAGAGGAACUGGAAUCAUGCAUGAUUAACCAGCCCCCCGGCUGCCCCGACUACGCCAUGCUGUCCUUCAUGGGUGGCUUCCACGGAAGGACCUUCGGUUGCUUAGCUACAACUCAUUCUAAAGCAAUUCACAAACUGGACAUCCCCUCGCUGGACUGGCCCAUUGCUCCAUUUCCAAGACUAAAGUACCCUCUGGAAGACUUUGUGAAAGAGAAUCAGCAGGAAGAAGCCCGUUGUUUAGAGGAGGUGGAAGAUCUGAUUGUCAAGUACAGGAAAAAGAAGAAGAUUGUGGCUGGAAUCAUUAUAGAACCAAUACAGUCAGAGGGUGGGGACAACCAUGCCUCAGAUGACUUCUUUAGAAAGCUACGAGAUAUUGCCAGAAAGCAUGGCUGUGCAUUCCUGGUGGAUGAGGUGCAGACAGGAGGUGGCUGCACAGGAAAAUUCUGGGCACACGAGCACUGGGGCCUGGAUGAUCCAGCUGAUGUGGUAACAUUCAGUAAGAAGAUGAUGACAGGAGGAUUCUUCCACAAAGAGGAGUUCAGGCCAAAUGCUCCCUAUCGGAUUUUUAACACCUGGCUUGGAGAUCCAUCCAAGAACCUUCUGCUUGCUGAAGUCAUUAGGGUUAUUAAAAGAGAAGACCUUAUAAACAACGCAGCCCAUGCAGGAAAAGCACUACUGACUGGGCUACUGGAUUUACAGGCUCGCUACCCCCAUCUUAUCAGCAGAGUGAGAGGAAGAGGAACGUUCUGUUCGUUUGACACUCCUAACGAUGCAACUAGAAACAAGUUAAUUACAAUAGCGAGAAACAAAGGUGUUGUGCUGGGAGGCUGUGGUGACAGAUCGAUCCGCUUUCGUCCAACACUGAUCUUCAAGGACCACCACGCACACCUCUUCCUGAACAUUUUCAGUGACAUCUUGGCAAACUUCAAGUAAAAAGCAGUUCUCUCACAUGGAACAACUAACUGAUUAUGAAAGUAGUUUGCAUUAAUUCAUGUCUUCUCCACUUACAAGAUAAGUGUAAAGUCAUAAACCGAGGUUUGUGUUCUGUCUGUAAUCCUGCCCAAGGCAAGCUGCUCCAUGAAAAAUAGCACAGGCAGAGCACUGGUACUGCUCCCCAGCAGAGGUACAUGCAGCGCUCCUACGCUGCGCCUGUAGAGGCUGUGGCCCUCCAUCUUUGGGCCGUGUGAACUGCAGAGCCCUCCCUACACCAUGGCCCUGACUGCUUGAUUUGUCUAAAUAGGGCCUGGUACAGUGCAUCUUCACAGAUAGUCCCAGCAGUUUUACUUGUGUCCCGAAGCAGCAACAAGUAUGGCCUGACACCUCUUAAAUGCACAUACAAAUGCCUGCUGUGCAGAAAGAGCCAUUCUCUGAUAGCAGACAGAAUAAAAGGCGUUUCAAGGAAAGCUUUGCUUUCCACCACUGCCAAAUACAGUGUUCUACAGAGUAAUUGCCAGCUUUAUUCCCCUAAAGACUGGUCUGCCAUACCACGCGGAUCACAGCACUGCUCUCCUCAGCCAUUAGCCUAUAUGUACUGCUUCAGAGGCGUAAUGCACAGCCACGUGUGCGGGGCAGAGCAGAACUGAAGCACUUCUGUCCUUGCCCUGAAGGUUUAAACUUCUGCCUUCUCUUACAAUCAGACCUGUACAGAGAAAGCUACACUGAAAUGUUUCUAAUUUGACAAAGCUUAGAGAAUUGUGCAAAGCACAUUAUUUCCACCUUUGCCAGCGAUCUUAUGUUUAGAAUUAUUUUCCCCUUUGCCCCAAAUGCAUUAUAACAGCCAUUAAUUUUAGCUAUUACAAGUUCUACAUUACGACUUGGCUGUUUUGUAAAACUACAGCAGAAUUGCUUGAUCUCAGCCCCUGCGUGACAUUAGAGCCACUACAGAGUAGACUCACGGUAGCAGUGAGCAGUCCCAACUGCACGUUGUAACGCAACGUAGUUCUGUUCUAAUAGUUUACAGAGGUCUUCUGGAAAGCCACAGAAUCAAAAAAUGUCAACACUUUGUUGUGUUGUAGUUGUUCUGGACAUCUCUUUACUGUGAACUCUGCUAUUUGCUUCAGUUUGAAUUAGUUCUGGUGCCUUUCUCCAUUUGCUGUCUUGGCUAGCAGGCACCUGGCUUUUCCCUACUGAGUUGAACCUUUUUAUGUUAUGCACCAAAAAAGAGGGACCACAUUUGACAGUACAGUUGCCCUAUUAGCAAGUUUUUAAUUAUACAGAAUUAUACAGUAAAAACAGAGCAGUUAAAGAAUUUAUACAUGCUUAAAAGAGCUACCAAACUGUGAAAGGUUUCUUACCUUCUUGGUAAGUUUUAAUCAUGGUUUUCCCAUUUUGUUUAUUGAGUUCUGGUAUGGACAACUCAAGAAAACUCGCUUCUGUUAGCUUCAAAAUAAUGGGAUUUCUAUAAACCUCUCUGCAGAACCCAGAAUUCUGGUACCAGCUGGUCAGAACCCGAGCAGGUUUUUGAACAGAGGUUGUUGAAAUCUGGAGAAAGGUCUGGUGGACUGGUGUUCAACAAAGCCCCAUUGUCAUCACUGUCCUCAUAGAGUAUCGUCACCAAGAGGAAAGUCAAACUGAGAACUGCAUUUGACUGCAUUCUGGGAAUUAGGUAGUUCAACAUAUCAGUGCAGUAGUUUUAGUGUCCUAGCAAGUCUUGUACUUUUACAGAGGCAAAGGUCCAGUAAUUUGAAGUCUUACCACAUCUUCACUUUUAUGAUGAAUACUCUAGAUGUUUUUAUAAUUUUUACUGACACUCAGUAACUGUAUAAUUGUGUACAACAUGCUGAUGAGAUCAUGUUAGAGAACACAUAGAAAGCACUGCAGCUGAACCAUAUGAAGUUAAUAUUGUUUACAGCAUACUGUGGACAGUGCCAAAUAAAUGUUUAAACCAAUACUUAACUACACUUCAUGGUGUAACUAGUAACUGUACACAAAUUCAUAAAGAAAUGACAUCUCAUGUAAUCAGUAUUCUUAAAUAAAAUAUUUAUAAUUGAA